AUGGCUCAAAUUAAAGAUGUUAUCGAUCAAACUCAUCGUAAUCAUGAACUUGAUCAAAUUAAAAAAAUCUAUCAUGGAAAUGCAUCAACUUUACUUCAUCAAAAUCAACAAAACAAUCAGGUUAAUUUUAGUGAGGUUGAACAAACUAAUACUGUUGAUAAAAACAGAGAGAAUGAAAUUGAUAUAUUAGAACUAGAUGAAAUUGGAAUUAAUAAUGAUGAAACGGGGUUUAAUAGAUUUGAACAGCAAUUAGCUUUAUGGGAAUCAAUGCUAGAAGAUGAGCGAUUUGAUGAUGAUUAG